CUUGCGUGUGAUUAAGUUUCCAUUGACCCGCUGAGAUGCAGAGGCCAGACAUAAAAACCUGUGCUUUUAGCCCGCUAUAGAUCAGUUUAUCCUAGCUAGUGGUAGUAGAUAGAACUGCUGAGGUGUCGAGAUUCUCUGAACUUUAGGGGAAAAUGUGCUGUUAGUUAUCUGUAUCUACACGUGUACAAGAUGGACUAUCGCGCGAUACUUGUUUUGGUGGCGGCAGCGAUCGCAGUCAAUGCUCUCGAGCAUGGAGAAGGAGUGGACAAUCCAAUCAUAGAGUUCUUUGAAGCACCGGUACGCGCAUUCAAGACGAAAGUUGCUGAAGAUGUUGAGUAUGCCCGAAAUACAGGCCCAGAAGGGAAGAGCGCGGGAGUCGCUAAAUCCCAAAACAACUCUUGGUUCCGUGGUAAAGGACUCGCCAACUGGUUGAUGUCUAGAAAUGUAGCAACAACAACAACCACGCCGAUCCCCGAAGUGGUUUUGAACAGUCAAAUGACAAAUGGUCAACUAGGAAAUCAAAACAGACCAAACCGACGCCGGGCAGUGAAGCGUAAUAACAUCAGGAGGGUAGCUGGUGGUCAGAAUGUUGGGAAUAAAAAUUGGAACAUGAGGCGGAAUGCGAAUGCAAACGUACAAAGACGUCGCGUUGUUCAACGACCAGUUGAUGAAGAUGUGGCCUACAGCGAUGAGGACGAUUACGAAGAAUUCAAUGGAGGAAGACGGUAUCAGGUCGCAUAUGAAACAAUACCAUAUCACAGCGCUUCUUAUGAAGAAGAGGAAGAAGAUGAUGAUGAUGGAGCUCUAAUAUAUGCACCAGUGAAAGCUCAGGGUUUGCGACGCGUCAAUGGCGAACAGAAGCAAAAUGCCAAACCAAACAACAACUACCUGCAACCCUUCCACGAUAUCCCAAUUCAAGCACGUCCAAUUCGAUUACGCCAAAACCUCCCUGCAACGAAACCAAUUGGAAACAAACAACAACAAGCGAAUAAACAGCAACAAGCUAACAAACCACAGCAAGCCAACAUUAAUAAACCAAUGGCUGGAGGCAAUCCAAACAGAAAUCCAGCCAAUAAUUUGAACAGAAAAAAGAAGAAGAAUAAGAACAAGCCUGGUCAAAUGGUUAAUAACGCCGAUCAACUGGAUCCAGUUCAUUUCAUCGUCCAUCCCCAAGGAAAUGGGCAACUUCCUGUAUUAAUUCCUGUCAACAGCAACGCGCCACAAAACAAUAAGAGACCAAACGUUAUGUAUGAUAGCCCAGCACAAGAUGACUACCAAAGCUACCAAUAUAUUCCAGUUCCAGUUCAAUCGUUUGGACCGAGUGGCGGAUUCAAAGGAAUUCCUCAAAUUCAAGUAAUUGCCCAGCAUACUCACACUUUCAGGCCACAUCAUGGCUAUCCAACAGAAGUUAUUUUCGGUCCAGCUGGCUACGACAACGUCUACCACGGCCAAAAUGAUAAUCCUCAAAACAACCAAAACAAAAGAAAGCCUAACAGACACAAGAAUGAGACCCCAAUCAAUAAACAAGGACAAAGCCAACAAAUCAUUUUGGCCACCGAAGACAGUUUGAAAAGUGAGACUCCUGUCUCAGCAAUGAUGGAGGACAUAAUCGAACCAACCAAACAAACUAUUGUGGUUGAGGAAAUUAUGAAGCCUGAUGCAGCGACAGCCACCGGCGAUGAAAUUAUGGAAGUUUCAAUUGCUGAUGACAAAGACACUGCAGCUGAAGUUAAGUCAGUAGAUGGCAGACAACACAUUGUUGUCCCGAGACAUCUGUUCCCAAUUUUCGGAGCCAGCUCAUUGGUAGAAGUUGCUAAUAAUGGCAGAUUUCUAAUUAAGGCUGGUCGAGACUUAAAAGUUGCUGAUCAUGAAGAAGGGCAUGUAGAAGAAGGUCCUCUCAAGGAAAUUCUAGAAAUCCCACAGAAAUCGGAAGAAAAACCAUUAUUGGAGGAUGCUCCCAAAAAAGAUGAGCUUAACCCGGAGGAAGCCAAUUCACCUGCUGUAGAAAAAGAGCCAGAGCCAGAGUUUGCUUCCCCCAAACCCGAUUCUCUUCCUUUAUCCAAACCUGAAGCUAAGCCUUCACCCGUUGAAAAAGUCCUGCCAGAAAAAAUUCCAAUCCGUCCAGAGCAGCUUCAAGAUAUACCGGUGACGAUAAUUCAUGACGAGCCAGCUAUUCAAAAACCUGCUCAUUCGGAGAAAACUGGUAGAGCUGUCGAGCAUGGCGCCAGGAAACCGAUUCUCAGAUCAGAGGUUGUUCAUGAGAAGGCCAAUGGACAUUUCAUUGUAAAGUCCGGUGUUGCACCGGCGGUUCAAAGUCGAAACAAUGGGGAUCACGCUGCCACCAUGAAGGAGACUAGCAGUGAGAUUACCAAUAUUAAAGUUAAGGCAAUUGACAAUUCAAGAGCUCUCUAAAUUUAAGUGAUAUUUCCCUCCGCUAUCCAUGCUAGGUAUAAAUUUGACUGCGUAAUAAUGUUUAAGAUUUAGGACGAAGUGAAAAAUAAAGGAAUAAAUUAAAUUUG